CGCGGGCCGGGCCGGGCCGGUCACCGCCGCCGCCAUCGCCGCCAUGGCCUGGGGCGCCUCGCUCGCCGAGUGCCUGCGCGAGUGGGAGGAGCUGCAGGACGGCUACCAGCGCAUCCAGGACAACCACAAGCUGUACAAGCAGAAACUCGAGGAGCUGACCAAGCUCCAGGAUGGAAUCUCCAGCUCCAUCACUCGGCAGAAGAAGCGGCUGAAGGAGCUGUCGCUCUCCCUCAAAAAAUGCAAAGCCCAGGUGACUCCCGAGCAGGAAGCGUCCAUCCAAGAGACCCAGAGCCUGAUUAAAGAGAGGCAGAACGUUUUCUUUGAGAUGGAGGCCUAUCUGCCAAAGAAGAACGGGUUGUACCUGAGUCUGGUGCUCGGCAAUGUGAACGUGACACUGCUCAGCAAACAGGCCAAGUUUGCAUAUAAAGAUGAGUACGAGAAGUUCAAGCUCUACCUCACCAUCAUCCUACUCAUUGUCUCCUUCUCCUGUCGGUUCCUGCUCAACUCCAGGGUGACGGACGCCGUCUUCAACUUCCUGCUGGUGUGGUACUACUGCACCCUCACCAUCCGCGAGAGCAUCCUGAUCAACAACGGCUCCAAGAUCAAAGGCUGGUGGGUUUUCCAUCACUACAUCUCCACCUUCCUCUCGGGUGUCAUGCUGACGUGGCCAGAUGGGCUCAUGUACCAGAUGUUCAGGAACCAGUUUCUCUCCUUCUCCAUGUACCAGAGCUUUGUGCAGUUCCUGCAGUAUUACUACCAGAGCGGGUGCUUGUACCGGCUGCGAGCGCUGGGGGAGAGGCACAACAUGGAUCUCACUGUGGAGGGCUUCCAGUCCUGGAUGUGGAGAGGCCUCACGUUCCUGCUUCCCUUCCUCUUCUUUGGGCAGUUCUGGCAGCUCUACAACGCCAUCACCCUGUUCCGCAUGAUCCAGCACCCCGAGUGCAAGGAGUGGCAGGUCCUCAUGUGCGGCCUCCCCUUCUUCAUCCUCUUCCUGGGCAACUUCUUCACCACCCUCCGCGUCGUCCACCAGAAGAUUCAGAACAAGAACCAGGACGCGAAGGAGAAUUGAAGUGGGGCAGUGUGGGGGCCUGGACUCUUUCUCCCCACUGGCUCCGUCCCCUAUCCCCAUCUCCUCAAUUCCGUCCGGACUCUGGUGUCUCAUCCCGUUCCUUGGAGGCUUGGGUGUGGGACAGAGCUCAGAGCCUGCUCCUGGCCAGUGCAUGUGCUCAGCACGGGGCUGGAUCCGUGCUGGAGUCACUCACCUGGAGGCAGGAGCACCCUGCACCUCCUGUCCUGGCUGCCUUGCACAUCCAACAGCAGGAUGCUUGGGACAGCCACUCCCCUCCCUUUUACUGGGAUGUGCCCUGGCUGCUGGUGCUCCCCGCCCCACUGGGACAGGGCAGUGUCCAGGGACAGCCUCACACGGCUCCUGGGGUGCUUGAGGCUCCCCCACUUUUCCCCCAGCCCUGCACCCAGGCCAGCGGCCCCAGGGCAGCCUCGUCACUCCAAGGGCUGCGCACAGCCCCGGAUUCCAGGGGUGCCCCAGCUCCUCCCUCGCCUUCAAUGCGCAGGGCAGGGGUGGGAGCAGCAGGAGCCUGGUCCAGGCCUCACGCUGGAGCUGUGCUGGCAGCUCCUGAGGCUGCACGUGUGAAAAUAAAGGGAAGGAGCCACCCUGGGCCACUGGGCCAGUCUGGGAACAGCUUCCACACUCUGCUCUGCAGCUUUGGUUCAUCAGGAAGUGGGUCCUGACACAACCUCCCUGGAAGGAGGGUGGAGGAGGGGGUCAAUAGGAAAAUUGUCACAAUAGGACAAGAGGAAACAGCCUCAGGUUUCACCAAGGGAGGUUUAGAUCGAAUACGUGAGCAGCCACAGCCCCGGCAGAGGCUGCCCAGGGCCGUCGUGCAGUCGCCAUCCCUGCAGGGAUUUAAAAGCCAUGUAGAUGUAGAUGGGGCAGCUGGGGACAGGGUUGGGUGGUGGAUCUGGCAGUGCUGGGUUAAGGGUUGGACUCAAGGAUUUGGAGGUGUUUCCCAGCAUAAAUGAGCCCCUGAUAUUAUGAAAAGUCAUCUCCUUGUGCCCUUCCACAAGCCUGGGCAGCAGUGGGGGCUCCUUCCCAUGGCUCCCCGGUCUGCACAGGCUGUGGCAGAACUGUGGCCACCCAAGGAGCCCAGCAGAACCUCAGUGUCCCUGGAGCUGGUACCAGCACCAGGAGCUCUGGAAGAACCAAAGAGCAGGUUGGGCACAGCUGCACCCCAGUCCAGAGCCUGCUCCUGCCAGCCUCCUCCCCUCCCACAGCCCAGCACUCAGGGUAGGGGCUGUCCCCAGCUCAGCCUAAACCCAGAGCUGCCACCACAUCCCCAAAUUUCCUGCCAGUUACCAUCCAUUGCUCCUCCUGCCU